CUGUUCCUGUUACCUGUUGAUAGUGUUGAUCAACAGACUGUGUUGAGUGCGCUGUUAUUAAAUGAUGUAAAAGCAAAAAAAAUUCUGAGUUCCAUGUUCUUAAAUAGUUACAACAUUUUAAAGAUCAAGCAAAAUCUUAAAGAUAAAGAUAAAUUUACUGAUUAAGAUACUCUAUUGAUUACUAUGGAUUGACCUAAUUUUAAACCAUAUUUAAAGAAAAUAGUAAGCUACAAAGUGAAAGUAUUUUAUUUGGAGUCGUCCACUGGAAAUUAUUUAACUGCACUUAAAAUGACUGAAAAAAUGGAGAGAAUUAGCCCCACAGUUUAUAUAGUAUUUGUGUCGUUACUAUUGGAUUUAUUAGCAUUUACUAUGAUACUUCCGUUGCUACCAUCCUUACUUGAACAUUAUAGAAUAAAUGAUAGCACAGGUUUAUAUACAUGGCUUUCCCAUAAAAUAAAUUAUUUUCAACAAUUUGUUGGCGCCCCGGAACGAUUCAGUACAGUAUUAUUUGGAGGAUUUCUUGGAUCGAUGUUUAGUUUUUUACAAUUUGUUGCAGCUCCUAUUUUUGGUGGUAUAUCCGAUGUUAUCGGAAGAAAAAAAGUUAUGAUCGCUUGUCUGAUUGGAAUAUCACUAUCAUAUAUUUUGUGGGCGCUGUCCACUAAUUUGGUAAUAUUCAUACUUGCCCGAUUUUUUGGUGGUAUAAGUAAAGGAAACGUAUCACUUAGUAUGGCUAUAAUUACUGACGUGUCAUCUAUGAAAACAAGAGGAAAAGGAAUGGCACUUGUUGGAAUUGCUUUUUCUUUAGGUUUUAUUAUUGGACCGCUAAUUGGAGCAAUUUUCGCGGUAUGGGCUAAGCAAAAAUCGGGCGAAUGGUUUGUAGUCCCAGCAUUAUUUGCUUUUUUGCUUUCAAUUGCCGAUUUAAUUUUCUUUACCAUAUUCUUUAAAGAAUCACUACCUAAAGAAAAACGUUCUAAAAGUGUUAUGAAAACUUUGAAAAAUGCCAAAGUGCUGAUUAACGUUAUAGACUUGUUUCGAUUUACAGCAGUUGCAAGUGUAAAAGACGCAAAUUUGAAAAAAUUGAGGAAAAUAGGAUUAAUUUAUUUUGUAUAUUUAUUCAUUUACAGUGGAUUAGAAUUUACUUUAACUUUCCUUACCCAUCACGUAUUUAAUUACACCUCAAUGCAACAAGGCUGGAUGUUUUUCGUAUUAGGGUUAACAAUGGCAUUAAUGCAAGGAACAUAUGUGAGAAGAGUACCCCAGAAUAAAAUUAAAAAAACCGCAGUUAACGGUUUGUGGCUAAUUGUACCUACAUUUAUUUUGGUUGGAAUAGCUAAAGGGCAAAUAAUGUUAUAUUUAGGAUUAUUUUUGUAUGCAAUUUCAACUGCUAUGGUUGUUCCAUGCAUUACGACUAUGGCUUCUGAAUAUGGCAAUGACCAAGAAAAAGGUACUGUUAUGGGUAUUUUCCGUUCUUUAGGGGCAUUGGCAAGAGCACUGGGACCUAUUUUUGCGAGCAUAGCAUUUUGGAGUGUUGGUUCUACAGUGACAUACUUGACAGGCGCUGUAUUUUUAUUAUGGCCUGCUUUAGCUUUACAGAAAAUUUAAAAUAUUUGACACAAGACACAUUUCCUCUGAUCAGAGACAGUAUGGUACUAAUGUCGUGUCAAAUUUUCAUAUUUGUGAUAAUGAAAUGUAGAUAAUAUUGAAAAUAUGUAUUAGAAUUUUUAUAUAAUUUAUUUUUUACUUAAAAACUUUUAUAUGAUAUUUGAUAUAUGUGUAAAGUUGGAUCAGUAUAACUAUUUAAGUUUGUGUUUAUUACAAACAGUAUAAAAUUCUUUAUUUGCUGUUUAUGUGCCAAAAUAAUGUGUAUGUUCUGUCUAAGUAUAUUUUAAAUAAUUAUUUGAUUUAAUACUGCCCAGUGAAUUAAUUGUACAUAAUCACAAAUUAAUUUAUUAUAUACGCAUCCUAAUAUUAUAUGUCAAAUAAAUAUUAAUUUUUCAUAUGCUUGCAUUAAUGAGGAGUCACAUCAUAUUAUUUGUAUUUUUAUAUUUGAUAAUCAGUAUUGAUUUUCUUUUAUCAGUAUUACAUAUUUACUUUCAUCACGAACAAUGUU